AUGUCCGAGCGUGGGCAUCACCGCGGCGGCCGAGGGGGUGGUGGUCACUAUCGCGGAGGACGCGGUGGAAGGGGAGGCAGAGGGGGGCACGGCGGGGAAUCGGCCGGCACUGGCACCCCUCAGGAGCGGGAACGCCCCAAGAAGGAGAAUAUACUCGAUCUCAGCAAGUACAUGGACAAGAAGAUUACCGUCAAGUUCAACGGAGGACGCGAAGUCACUGGCACGCUGAAGGGAUACGACGCGCUCAUGAAUCUCGUCUUGGAUGAUGUACAAGAGGUCAUGCGAGACGAAGAAGGCAAGGAAGCCACGAGGUCUCUUGGACUCGUGGUGGCUCGCGGCACCCUAUUAGUGGUCAUCAGCCCCGUAGAUGGCAGCGAAGAAAUAGAGAAUCCAUUCGCACAACAAGGCGACGAUUGA